AUGACAGCUUCACACACUGAUCAGGAUAACUGGAGCCUAGAGAACCUACCGGAUAUCUUGUACAUCCUGAAACCCGAGCACGGAAAAUCCAGACAAGUUGUUCGUAUUACCGCACAGAAAGUCUUCGGGAAGCACAUCAAUGCUUUUUCAGUCCUUCCGGACCAGAUAUCCUCCAAGGUCGAAGGGUGGAGACUUGAAGCCUGGAUGCGUCUCGAUCGCCGGAUAACUGGGCAAGAUAUCAUCGACCGGGUAAACCCCAGGUACAGGUUUAGAUUAACAUCAAUCGACAUUGAACUUCGUCGGAAGGCCUUCCGCGAGAAGUUUCAUGUUGCGUGCUGGGGAGCUCAAAAGACCAUUAAUAAUAUAUCUCGCCUAGCAAUGGCAAAUGGAAUAGACCCGGCGUCGAACAGUACGAGAGGUUUAACGCCAGGCCUAAUCGAUCCCUCUAAAGGCGAAGCUGGUGGGCGAAUUCUCCUGCCCCCAAGAGCAGCCUACGACGAUAUCUCCGAUUCUGUUUCACACCCAAAUCAUUCAAAUAGUGAUAUCUUCGAGCGGACUCGCCUGAUCAAGCAGAGCUCCCACCCCGGUCAGAUUCCCGCGGUAAUCCUCGAUGAGUCUCACCGAAGCAACAAGACCAAAUCAGCCGAGAUCCUCUACCAGUUGCACUGGGACACAAAGCACUUAUGA